AUGGGAGGUUCAGUCGAAAGCGAUCCGCGACCACACGAUGAGUUGCGUAGGCAUUUGAUGGCGCAACUGGAGUAUUUGCGUAGCGCCCGAGGACGUGUGUCUCAACGAAACGUCGAGCUACUUCAGGGAACAGAAUGCCUACGUGCACAAUUGAGGCACAUGCGUAGACAACGGGAGAUUAUGGAUCGACAGCGUGUUCAUAUGGAACAGCAGCUCCUGUAUAUGGAGGAGCAGCACACAACAAUCCAGCAACAGCGAGCCCAUCUUGGAACACUCCAAGGUUUAAUUUGGCAGAGACAGCGAGAUCUUGAGCAGUGGGAACAGAUGAAGCUUCAGGGGGAUACUGUAUCGACGAAGCAAGCAGAACACUGUGAUGCCAAUCUCAACGACAAAUCGUCGGGACAGGCGUCUGUAUCGUAUGACACAAUGGUCUCUACAAACGCCUCGAGCAUGACGUCGCAUGACGAGCUCGCCCGUCGCGUCAGUGGACUUUUCCGACGUCUCUCCGACUCUGAACUUUCUUCGGGAGAGGAUAUGAAGCGCGAGUGUAACGUGAUCGACGAAGAUAGCGGAUGCAACAGCCCCAGCGUGGACAAAGCACUGUACAGCUUCCGUGAUGCAGUGAGAACUCAGAUGAUGGAACACAUUGAUCAGGCUGAUGAGCAGUCUGUAACUGCUUCGUCGUGCAGUUCGAAGUCUUCAGAGCUGUCUCAGCCGUGCAAUAGACACGGUGAGGCUGGAGAUAUUUGUCCGGCCGCGCCCUCAUUGCUAGACGCGUCGGUAACUGGAAGCGGAAAAUCGCCGUCCACGACUAGCCCACGGACAAUCACUAACCCGUGCACACACGUUGUGUUGAACAGCCGCGAUGCUGCGCUGCUUUCGACAAAUAUUGUCGUGUCUGUCCUCAAAGCCUCAGGAGUUCAAGUAUUCGGGACGGCAGAUGAAGUUGAAGGCAUGGAAAUAGAACAAGUGGACCAGGUGCCGAUUGGAGCGGAGAACAGGGCGGUAACUGUGAGUUCCACGGCUUCUUGUUCGGGUCAUCGGUUGGGAUAUGUGUCACCGGGACGGCCACGCGAUGCAGUAGGGAAAGCGGAACAGGAUGUAUUCCAUGGCAGAACCCUUCUCUCGGUCACGGAAAAUUCAGUGGAAGGCUUCAGCACACCGUCAACGCCAAUUCGAUCAGAUGAUCACCCAGGUCUCGCAGCAGUUCGUUCUAUAUACGGCACAGAUGCAGGGUGUGAGCUGACUCAACACCAAGGUUCAAACACGGGGAGUGGAAGCCGAAGCUCAGAGGAAAAGACGGCGGAGCUUCCUCACCCUUUUUCGACAGAACAUGCAUCUUUAGUCGCCUUAGAGGCCAUGCGUUCACCGAACGCCGAUACAGUUUGUUCCACAGUUGGGUCUUGGACGACAGGCGCGACGACGGCGGUUCAGGGUGACGAUCCCUAUUCAGGCGGUCUGCCGCUGUCCCGCUGUGACUCAAUGCAGAGCGUCCCACCGUCUCGUGUGUCCGUCUUGCCUCCUAUGAGGUAUAUGUCGAUUUCUGAGGAUCCCUCUUGGACGGGGCCGAAGACAGAGAGCAGCAUUGAUGGAAUUCAAGGAUGGCCACCGGUAACCAGUAGACAAGAAUUGAGUCCGGAAUAUGUUGGUGAAUCGGGAUUUUGUGGUUCCCGGAGCUUUGAGAGUGCCGGAUUGGCUGCAAGGGAUUCUGCACUUUUUUCGGGCGCUACUCUGCCGGGCGUCGCAGGCGCAGGAGAGGACGGUCCACAGAACCUUGCGUCCCCAAAGGAUACUACUGACCGCAGCCCAUCCACGACGAGUCGGCCAGAUAACGAGGGAGGUGACCCGAGAGAAAAGAAAAAAGCUCCCAGCUGUCGAAGCUCGUGGCGCCCGGAUCAGGGAGGACCGGGAAUGCAUGGUGGAUGGAGCGCGAAACGGAAGGCUUUGCAGAGGGCAGGUGUUACUGGGUCCAAACAAAAUAAUGCGGGAGAGGCAGACGAUUGGAGCGACAGCGAGACUGACGGUUUGACAACGGUUAUGCUCCGGAAUAUCCCGAAUAAGUACAACCGCAAACAGGUGAUGGAUGAGGUCGAUAUCAAAUUCAAGGGUAAAUAUGAUUUCUUUUACCUACCGAUUGAUUUUCUUCAUGGAUGUAAUGUCGGCUACUGCUUCAUUAAUUUUGUCGACGCGGCCACGUGCCAGGAAUUCAAGAAGGACUUUGAGGGGAAGCGGCUCAACCUUUUCCGGUCUAAGAAGAUCUGCACGGUCACAUACGGCCGGGUGCAGGGGUUGCGAGCGAUUUUGAACCAUUACUUCAACUCGGCAGUGGUCCAAGCUCAAGAUGCGUCGUGGCGACCUCUUGUCCUCAAAGAUGGUGUUGAACUUCCGUGGUCGGAACUUAGUACAGCGUUUCCGGACAUUUUUGAGAGCGGAGACCGUUUGAAGUCUUCCAGUGGUGAUGGCGGAGCGUCUGAUGUACAAGGUACUUCGGGGGCUGGCCGAACAGGAGGGCGAACCCUUCCAUCCGGGAGACGAAGGGGAAGUAAACUGGGCGUCACAAUCGAGGCGCAGAGGAAGGAAAUGCGCAACCUUUUCAGGGGUGGCCAGCAUAGUGGCCACGCGAGAUCCACGAAGGGCGGAAGACCUUCAGACCGUGCUGCUUGGCGGCAUAGGCAUACGUGA